AUGUUUAAUACAUUCUACUCACUUAAGACUAUGAUUGCGCAACAGUAUGGUGCGCGUCUCCGGGUUAUCUUUCGGCAGCAUAUACAACCCUGGCAUCCAUCCUCCACCCUGACACAUGAGGCUGGAGCGGCAGUUCUUCAGCUUGCCCCCGAGAAAUUCUGGGAGUUCAGUGCAGCUUUGUUCAAACAUCAAACAGAGUUCUUUGAUAUCAGUGUCGUGAAUGAAACCCGCAACAAGACAUACGAACGACUUGCAAUAAUUGCCGGCAGCGUUGGAAUAGAUGAGAAGAAGUUACUCGAUUUGCUAACUAUUAGCGAAACACCCGGCGAGGAUGGGCAACUAAACGCUGGAAACAAAGUAACCAACGAUAUCAAAUGGAUGGUCAAGGGAGCGGAAGAGCGCAGCAUCAGUAGCAGCUUCACCACUGACCAGUGGGAAGAAUGGCUGGAUAAGAAUGUGAUCUGA